AUGCCAUUUGGGUGCCUUGCUUUGCGAGAUGGGCAGACUUAUGACAGUAUAUCUGAUGUGACAGACAAAUAUGAGAUUGGUCAGGUUCUCCGAGCGAAGGAGUUCUGUGAGCUGUGCCUGGCAAAGGACAGACAAACAAACAAAGUGUUUGUCUGCAAGAAAUUUCUCAAAAAAGAUGGCAGGAAAGUCCGCAAGGCUGCCAAGAACGAGAUCAUGAUCCUGAAAUUGGUCAAUCAUCCAAACAUCCUUCAGCUUAUAGAUACAUUUGAGACCCGGAAAGAAUACUACAUCAUCCAGGAACUAGCCACAGGGGGGGAUGUCUUCGACUGGAUUCAGGAUCAAGGCAACUACACAGAAAGAGAUGCCUCCAAUGUCAUCAGACAGGUCCUGGAGGCUGUGGCAUAUUUGCACUCCCUCAACAUAGUCCACCGGAAUCUGAAGCUGGAAAACCUAAUGUACUACACUGAGAACAACCACAACAAAGUAGUUCUGCGAGAUUUCUACCUUUCUAGAUUUGAGAAUGGGCCAAUCACUGAGCCUUGUGGAACACCAGAAUACCUGGCACCUGAAGUAGUGGCUCGGCAUCGAUAUGGUCGACCUGUGGAUUGCUGGGCCGUGGGUGUCAUUAUGUUCAUACUUUUAUCGGGUAACCCUCCUUUUUAUGAUGAGACGGAAGAGGAGAACACGGAUCUACAUAAUCGCAUAAUUUUCUGUCGUAUUGUUGCUGGGGACUUUGAGUUUGAUUCCCCAUACUGGGACGACAUCUCCCCUGCAGCGAAAGAGCUUGUCUGUCGACUCAUGGAGGUGGACCAGAUGCUGAGAAUCACAGCACAAGAAGCACUUUGGCAUGAAUGGAUCGCAGGGAAUGGCGCAUCAGAGAAAAACCUAAAGGAUGGUGUCUGUGCCCAGUUUGAGAAGAACUUUGCAAAGGCCAAAUGGCGGGAGUUGAAGAAAGCAAUCCGUGUCACCACCUUCAUGCAACGUCUGAAGAACUCUGAGUCAGUUAUGGACAGUUCAACUGAGGUACUGAGUGGUGAAGAAGGGGAUGUUAAAGGAAAAAUGUCUGAAGUGACAAGUAAUGAGGAGGUCCCCAGGGUUAUAGAAGGCGGGGUUAUUACCGGAGGUGUGCCAUUAGAGGUCAUGGUUGAAAAUAGGCCAGCGAACGUUGACCGGGAGAUUGAAAACCAGCAGGCUGUAGAGGUGAAUAUUAAAGUUGGCGCAUCCACACCCCCUGAUAAGCCUGGUACAAAGAAAGUGACAGAUGGUCAAACCAACAUAACAGUUCCCAAUUUGAAUGAAAGCAAAGAAUCCAAAAUAAAACCUACUAAGACCACUGAAUGCACAAAGCUAACACACAGCGUUUCAGGUUCCCAUCCUGACAAAAAACAGACAUGCACCUCCCCAGAUGCCAGCAACAAGCACAAGAUGACUGCAACACUUCACAGCCCUCCACCCGCAGCCACUGCAAAUGCCACACCGAAGGAUAAAAAUGAUGGAAGCUGGUGUCAGACACAACUGCCUGAGGCGGUGGCAGAGAGUUCAGUAGGAGCAUCGGUCACUCAGGCAAUUGCACCCACUGUUGGGGCUGAUGUAAGUCUAGGUGUUAGGUUAAGGGGUGAAACCAGUCCCGUGUUGAGGAGGGACAGGGACGCCAAGAAAACUGACCGUUACAGUGCAGAAUUUAAUAUUGCCAAAGAAGGUCCUACAGCAGGUCAGGGAUGCUAUGCAAUUGGGAGCUCUGCUAGUCUGGGCCGGCACGCCACACCGUACAAUAGAGACAUUGGGACCAUAGGCAUGGGAAUGACAGGAGUCUAUGGGAGUCCAUAUUCCACCUUGUAUGGAAGUGGAAGAAGUGUUGGGAUGUAUGGGACUGGGUUGCAUCAGGGAGUGGGAAGCAGAACGACAAGCGACUGGCAAAUGGACAGUGUGAUUGAGCAGAUUGAAAAGCAAAUGGUGGCAGUACUGGAGAAGAUUGAGGGAGACAUGCCAUCAUUGCUGGAGCAAAUCAGUGACUGCCCAUCUGAACCACUACGUAUUAGGAGCGCACACGCCUCACCUGCAACCUCCCGGGCACGCACCUCCCAUCACUGCUCUUCUGAAACCUUGGCCACCCCACCACCUCUUCCAACUUCUCCUAGGCCUGCUCUGCCAUCCCUCCCUCAUCUUACUAUCCCCCCUCCUUCCUAUCCUCCACCUUCCCCACCAUCUCAACCCUCAGUGCAGACUACAGAACAUCAAGAAUUUGGACAGAGAGGGACUGAAUGUUCUGGACAAUCCUCCAGAACUAGUAUGGGCAGGGGGUUGUAA